AUGUUAUUGCAGAUGAACGUCCGCGUGACGACGAUGGACGCGGAGCUGGAGUUCGCGAUCCAGCAGACGACGACAGGCAAGCAGCUUUUCGACCAGGUGGUCAAGACCAUCGGCCUCCGUGAGGUCUGGUUCUUUGGCCUGCAGUAUACCGACUCCAAGGGAGAUCUGACCUGGAUCAAGCUGUAUAAGAAGGUGAUGCAACAGGACGUGAAGAAGGAGAACCCUCUGCAGUUCAAGUUCCGAGCCAAAUUCUACCCCGAGGAUGUAGCCGAUGAGCUCAUCCAGGAGAUCACGCUCAAGCUCUUCUACCUACAGGUGAAGAACGCCAUCCUGUCAGACGAGAUCUACUGCCCGCCCGAAACUUCCGUCCUGCUCGCAUCGUACGCGGUGCAAGCGAGACACGGCGACCACAACCCCGGCCUGCACGGGCCCGGGUUCCUCGCCAACGACCGCCUGUUGCCGCAGCGAGUCACCGACCAGCACAAGAUGUCCCGCGACGAAUGGGAACAAAGCAUAACCAACUGGUGGCAAGAGCACCGUGGCAUGCUCCGCGAGGACGCCAUGAUGGAAUACCUGAAGAUCGCACAGGACCUCGAGAUGUACGGAGUCAACUACUUCGAGAUCAGGAAUAAGAAGACCACGGAGCUGUGGCUCGGUGUGGACGCUCUCGGGCUUAAUAUCUAUGAGAAGGACGACAAACUGACCCCAAAGAUCGGUUUCCCCUGGUCCGAAAUCCGCAACAUCUCGUUCAACGACCGCAAGUUCAUCAUCAAGCCCAUCGACAAGAAGGCGCCCGACUUCGUGUUCUUCGCGCCGCGCGUGCGCGUCAACAAGCGCAUCCUCGCGCUGUGCAUGGGCAACCACGAGUUGUACAUGCGCAGGCGCAAGCCCGACACUAUCGAUGUGCAGCAGAUGAAGGCCCAGGCCAGGGAGGAGAAGCUCGCCAAACAGGCACAGAGAGAGAAACUCCAACUGGAGAUAGCGGCUCGUGAACGCGCGGAAAAGAAACAGCAGGAAUAUGAGGACCGUCUCAAACACAUGCAAGAGGAGAUGGAACGCUCACAGGCAAACCUUAUCGAAGCUCAGGACAUGAUCAGACGGCUAGAGGAACAGCUUCGUCAGCUUCAAGCUGCCAAGGAGGAGUUGGAGCAGCGACAGAAUGAGCUGCAGGCCAUGAUGACCCGCCUCGAGGAGACCAAGAACAUGGAAGCCGCGGAGCGCGCUAAGCUGGAAGAGGAAAUUCGCACCAAACAAGAGGAGGUUUCUCGUAUUCAGCAGGAAGUUGAGGAGAAAGACACUGAAACUCGUCGGCUGCAGGAGGAAGUGGAGGAGGCGCGCAGGCAACAGGACGAGGCGGCGGCGCUGCUGGCGGCGGCGGUGACGCCCUCGCACCACCACGUGGCGGAGGGCAAGGACGACGCGGGCUCGGACGGCGGCUCGGACGCGGGCGGACAGGAGCUGGCCGGAGCCCCGGACGACCUGGUCGACCCCGUCGAGGACCGCCGCACGCUCGCAGAGAGGAACGAGCGUCUGCACAGCCAGCUUAAGGCUCUGAAGCAAGACCUCGCACAGUCCCGCGACGAGACCAAGGAGACCGCCAUGGACAAGAUCCACCGCGAAAACGUGCGCCAGGGCCGCGACAAGUACAAGACGCUGCGCGAGAUACGCAAGGGCAACACCAAGCGUCGCGUCGACCAGUUCGAAAACAUGUAACCGGAUACAUGGAGACGAGACCGGCUCAAUGCGGUGACUGGGGGUUAUAUUUCACCGUGUCCAUAUUUGCAACACUUAGAACAGGGGU